AUGGCGGCUGUCGACUCGUCCUUGGACGUGAAGCGAUCCGAGGAGAUUAAGGAAGCCGCUAAUCGGGCCUUUCAAGAGCACAAGUUCCUGCGAGCCGUUGAUCUCUACACCGACGCCAUCCAACUGAACGAAUCCAACGCCAUUCUCUGGGCCAAUCGCGCGUUCGCCCACACCAAGAUCGAGGAGUAUGGCAGCGCUGUGGAGGACGCUGCUAAGGCCAUUGAGCUCAACCCCUCCUAUGUCAAGGGCUACUACCGGAGAGGCACAGCAUACCUGGCUAUGGGCAAGUUUAAAGAUGCGCUAAAAGAUUUCAAACAGGCAGCCAAGAUCGCCCCAAGGGACCCAGACGCACGGAAGAAGCUCAAGGAGUGUGAGAAAGCGGUGAGGGAGGAGGCGUUUCAGAAUGCCAUAGCCAGUCCAGACAGCGGGCCUGUGGGCUUCAGGGACUUUGGCGUUGACGUCAGCAGCAUAGACGUGGAGGCGACAUACGAUGGGCCACGCAUGGAGGGCGAGGAGGUGACUCUCUCGUUCGUUCAGAAGAUGAUGGACGCUUUUAAGAACCAGAAGAAGCUUCACAGAAGAUACGCCUAUCAGAUUCUGUUUCACAUACGGGAGCAGCUGCGGGCGCUGCCAUCACUGGUGGACAUUCAGGUGCCCGACGGUCAACAUAUCACAGUCUGUGGAGACAUUCACGGGCAGUUCUUCGACUUGAUGAACAUCUUUGACCUCAACGGCCUGCCGUCAGAGACCAACCCCUAUCUGUUCAACGGGGACUUUGUGGACCGAGGCAGCUUCUCAGUGGAGUGCAUCUUCACUCUCUUCGCCUUCAAGUGCCUCUAUCCCACCGGCCUUUAUCUCGCACGAGGCAACCACGAAUCCCGCAGCAUGAACCGCAUAUACGGCUUCGACGGCGAGGUGAAGGCCAAGUGUGGAGAGCCCAUGGUGGAGCUCUUCGCUGACGUCUUCUGCUGCCUGCCGCUGGCGCAUGUGAUCAGCAGCCGCGUGUUUGUGGUGCAUGGGGGGCUGUUCAGCAAGGAUGGGGUUAGUCUGGACGAUGUGAGAGGCAUCAACCGCUUCCAAGAGCCUCCAGAUGAAGGGCUGAUGUGCGAGGUGCUGUGGAGCGACCCCUUUCACGGGCAGGGGCGCAUGCCCAGCAAGCGAGGCGUGGGCGUGGCCUUUGGCUCUGACGUCACCAAGCGGUUCCUGCAAGACAACAAGCUGGACCUGGUGGUGCGAUCGCAUGAGGUGAAGGAGGAGGGGUACGAGGAGGAGCACGAGGGGCAGUUGAUAACGGUGUUCUCAGCGCCCAACUACUGCGACCAGAUGGGCAACAAGGGCGCCUUCAUUCGCUUCCAAGCGCCCGACCUCAAACCCAACUUCACCACUUACACUGCCGUGCCCCACCCGAAUGUGCGGCCCAUGGCGUAUGCAUCCAACUUCUCCUCGUUCUUCUAG